CCUUCACACAGUUUAAGCCGUAGUAGAUCAUGUAAACUAAGUACGUAGCUAGCUAGUUACAGUGAGUUAGAAAGCAAGGUGCUAGAUACUUCAGACGACUGCUAUCCAUCGCUACCGCUACAAGACUAUUGCCUGCCCACCCGGCUACUGAUCCUUUCAAUGGCUGCUGCUAGAAAACGAACGCUAUCGGACAUCGAAGAUGUGAGAGACAGAAAAGCAAAGGUUAUUAAAGACAGCGGUGAGAAGAGACACAUCGCAGCCCUGAUCCUGGCGAGGGGAGGCAGUAAGGGGAUCCCCCUGAAAAAUAUCAAAGUUCUCGCCGGUGUCCCCCUCAUCGGAUGGGUUCUGAGAGCUGCAGUGGACUCCAAACAGUUUGACAGUGUGUGGGUAUCAACUGACCAUGAUGACAUUGAGAAGGUAGCCAAGACAUGGGGAGCUCAGGUUCACCGCAGGAGCCCAGAGGUGUCCAAAGACUCCUCCAGCUCUCUUGACACCAUCCAGGAAUUCGCCAGAUUAAACCCAGAGGUGGAUGUGAUCUGUCACAUCCAGGCCACGUCUCCCUGCCUGCACCCCUUCCACCUGAAGGAGGCCCUGGAGAUGAUCACCAAGCAGGGCUUCACGUCCGUCUUCUCCGUGGUCCGACGACACCACUUCCGCUGGCAGGAGGUGAAGAAAGGAGGUAGUGUAGCCACCCAGCCUCUGAACUUAGACCCGUGUAACAGGCCCCGGAGACAGGACUGGGAUGGAGAGCUGUGUGAGAACGGAUCUUUCUACAUUUAUACCAGAGCGACGAUAGAGAGAGGCCUGCAGGGGGGGAAGUGGGCUUACUAUGAGAUGCUGCCAGAGUACAGUGUGGAUAUUGAUGUGGAUAUCGACUGGCCCGUGGCAGAACAGAGAGUACUGAGGUUUGGUUACUUUGGCCUGGACAAGCCUGAGGUGGUGCGUCUGCUGCUGUGUAACGUCUCCGGCUGUCUGACUGACGGCCGCGUCCUCAUCUCUGUCUCUGGAGAGGAGAUGGUCUCAGUCAACACCAGAGAUACUAUGGGUAUCCGCAUGCUGCAGAGAGAGGGGGUGGAGGUGAUCCUGAUCUCAUCUAGUGAGGACCUCCUGACCAAGGCCCUGGCUGACAAUCUAUCCCAGAGGACAGGCUGCGAGGUCAGGCAGCUGGGCAAGGACAUCCAGGGUGAGGUCACAGCCAUGAUGGAUGACAAGGAUCUGGACUGGAAGGAGGUCGCCUAUAUGGGUAAUGAUGCACCAGAUGUUGACUGUCUGAACCUGGCUGGGCUGAGUGCAGUUCCCCGGGACGCCCCAGUGGUGGCGAUCAACGCUGCUAAAUACUCCUGCCACAGUGCAGCAGGCCUGGGGGCUGUGAGGGAGUUUUCUGAACACAUCCUGCUGCUCAAGAAGAAGGCCAAGUCUCAGAUGGAACAGGACCGCAUCUACAGAAAUACAUUCUAAACUCUAGAAUGUGUUCUAAAGU